CUCACUGCAGGCGCUGCCGGCGCGGAGUGGAGCGGGCCGGGCUGGGCCCGCCCGGGCCCGCCCGCCCGCCGCCUCCAAUACCGCCACCAUUCCGCCCCUACCUUCCCGUUGCCGGCGGCCCCCAGCUGCCACCAUGCAAGAGCUCAUCGCCAGCGUGGAUCACAUCACGUUCGACCUGGAGCUGGCCGUGGAGCAGCAGCUGGGGGCACAGCCGCUCCCCUUCCCUGGCAUGGACAAAUCGGGCGCAGCUGUCUGUGAGUUUUUUUUAAAGGCGGCAUGUGGAAAAGGAGGCAUGUGCCCAUUCAGACACAUCAGUGGGGAAAAGACAGUUGUUUGUAAACACUGGCUACGAGGACUGUGCAAAAAGGGAGACCAGUGCGAGUUCCUGCACGAGUAUGACAUGACCAAGAUGCCUGAGUGUUAUUUCUACUCCAAAUUUGGGGAAUGCAGUAACAAGGAAUGUCCAUUCUUGCACAUUGACCCGGAGUCAAAGAUCAAAGACUGUCCCUGGUAUGACAGAGGCUUCUGCAAACACGGUCCCCUGUGCAGACAUCGGCACACUCGGAGAGUCAUUUGUGUGAAUUACCUGGUAGGAUUCUGUCCAGAGGGCCCUGCCUGUAAAUUCAUGCACCCUCGGUUUGAACUGCCAAUGGGAACCACAGAGCAACCACCACUGCCUCAGCCAACACAAACACAGCAAAAGAGGACACCCCAAGUCAUUGGAGUCAUGCAAUCUCAAAAUAACAACAGUGGGAACAGAGGACCCCGGCCGUUGGAGCAGGUCACCUGCUACAAGUGUGGUGAAAAAGGUCAUUAUGCCAACAGAUGCACCAAAGGACACCUGGCCUUUCUCAGUGGACAGUGAAGGAGCAGCAGGAAGGUGCAAGGGAGCUGUUACCACUGAGGAAAGGUUUCUGCCUAGCACAAUGUCUGGAGCUAUUAAUCAGGUUGUUUUUUUAAUGCCAUUACUGAAAGAACUGGUCAGAGGCUGGCUGCUGCUAAGCAACAUUUUUGUAAUUGUUCCCAACUUUUUUUAAGUUUUAACCUUUUUAAAAUCAA